AUGUCCGAACGGAGCGUGUGUUGCUCUAAGUGUGAGCUGCUCGCAGGGGCAGUGAAAAUUGUUAUCCGAGGGGACAGGAAUACUGGGAAAACCACGCUCUGGCACCGACUGCAGGGGAAGAAAUUUAUUGAGGAGUAUAUUCCAACUCAGGAGAUCCAAGUCACCAGCAUCCACUGGAACUAUAAAACCACCGAUGAUAUCAUUAAGGUUGAAGUCUGGGAUGUAGUCGACAAAGGGAAAUGCAAGAAACGAGGGGAUGGUUUGAAGCUGGAGAAUGAUCCUCAGGAGGCAGAAUCAGAAAUGGCUCUGGACGCAGAGUUCCUGGACGUCUAUAAGAACUGCAAUGGUGUCGUGAUGAUGUUUGACAUCACCAAACAGUGGACGUUUAACUACAUCCUGAGGGAACUUCCCAAAGUGCCGACCCACGUCCCGGUGUGCGUGCUUGGGAAUUACCGUGACAUGGGGGAGCACCGGGUCAUUCUGCCUGGCGACGUGCGAGACUUCAUCGACAACCUGAACAGGCCACCUGGCUCCUCAUAUUUUCGGUAUGCUGAGUCUUCCAUGAAGAACAGCUUUGGCCUCAAGUACCUGCACAAGUUCUUCAACAUCCCCUUCUUGCAGCUGCAGAGGGAGACGUUGCUACGGCAGCUGGAGACGAAUCAGCUGGAUAUUGAUGCAACUUUGGAGGAGCUGUCAGUGCAGCAAGAGACAGAAGAUCAAAACUACGAACUCUUUCUUGAGAUGAUGGAAGCCCGAAGUCGAGGACACGCUUCGCCACUAACGACCAACGGGCAAAGCCCUUCCUCUGGCUCCCAGUCCCCCAUCGUCCCUCCGAGCUCCACAUCCACGGGCAGCUCCCGGCGCAGCAUCAUCGCGCGGCUCUUCGGGACGGCGCCCGCGGCAGAGCCCGCUCCUCCCCAGCCAGAUGCUGCUGCUCCUCCCGCCCAGCCUGAAGCCCCUGCCAAAGUGCAGAGCGUGGAGGACUUCGUUCCCGACGACAGCCUGGACCACAGCUUCCUGGAAGACUCAGCCCCGCAGAGGGACAGAGGGAAAGCCCAGAGCAAACGCCGUGCAGACAGCGAGAGUGAUGGAGAGGCACCGGGAGGGAACCCCAUGGUGGCGGGUUUCCAGGACGACCUGGAUCUGGAUGACAAAAUGCCCAGCAGGCCCAUGCCGACAGCAGAGCGCGUGCCCAGCAAGAACAUCACCCUGUCCAGUGAGGAGGAAGAGGAGGAGGAAGCCGUGAAGGACUCCAAGGUCGGCCUCCUGCCUGAGGAGGACAUUGAUGCUCAACAUGAAAAAAAAAGGUCUUCCAGAAAUUCUUUGAAACCACAGAGCGAAGCGAUUUCCACCAAAGCAACUGACCCGAAGCCUCCGGAUAAUUUACCUCCGCGUUCUGGGUCUGAAAGAAACAGCAAGUUGAGCUCCAGGCCACCACCGGCUGCUGUCGCCACCCCAGCAGCAGCCCAGGCCUCCAAGACCACUGCCCAGAGCAAAGGACACGCUCCCAAGCAGAAAGUGGUCAAAGAGGAGAAGCCUGAAGAGUCUGACAGCGACCAGGAGGGACCAAUAGCCACUCAGAUGCUCUCAUUUGUUAUGGAUGACCCAGACUUCGAAAGCGAGGAGUCUGACAGCCAGAGAAAGAAAAUGGAUGAAUUCCCCAUCCGGGAGGAUCUCUCCGAAAUAUCUGAUGAUGAUACCUCAUUGGCAAAGCCGCCCCAGCCCGUGAAAUCAACAGUCCCCUCCUUCAAACUGAAAAAUGACUCAGAUCUGUUCGGCUUGGGCUUGGAAGAAACUGGUCCCAAGGAAAGCAGUGAGGAAGGUAAGGAAGAUAAACAACCCUCUAAGGAGAAAAAGAAGAAGAAAAAGAAAAGCAAAGAGGAAGAGGAGAAGUCUAUAAAAAAGAAGAGCAAACACAAAAAGAGUAAAGAGAAGGAAGAGGGCAAAGAUGAGAAAAAGAAAAAGAAGAAGAAGAGCAAGGAGAAAAAUGAGAUAGAUGAACUGGAGGCUUUUCUUGGAGGAGGAGGGGCCAGCAUGAGUAAACCACGAGGAGGUGGGGACUAUGAGGAGCUGUAGAGCAGCCGUGUGUCAGCGCAGCGGACUCUUCUUGGUGGCUGUCUCCAUCUCUUCCUGUGAGUCACACCAGGACAGGUGCAGAUGUGUAAAGCUUUGGCCGUUUGCCCUAUAGCCCCUCAGAGCAGAGCUGGCAGAACAAAAGCUUUACAUCUGCGUUGCUGUUCUGGUGCAUCUGUUACACAAAAUGCAGCCGUGAUGGACUUGAGUAAAGGGAAGGGUCAGGGUAUGACUCCUGGGCCUGCUCCCAGGCUGUCAUUCCGUCUCCUUCCAGAGAUGCCCAGCUGGGUAGCUGGCAGAGUGUGGGAGGUGAAGGGGACCGGCUUCCUGCUCCAGCUCUCCUGUUCCUCUGCCGCACACCCAAAAUUCCUGUCUUGUUAGAGGAGUGCAACAAAACAUGCUGCAUGAACGCCUCAUGCUCACUCGUCUCAAGUCUUUAACUUUUUAUCCUUCCUAUUUUUUUAAUGAGAAAGGUGGUAUUGGCCAUUGCUCCACCUGGCGACUGAUGAGCUUUAAAUCAAGCAAAUAAUGCUACGUACAGCUCUUUAAGACAGCGAGCAAGGGCCAGAAUGAGAGAGAGUGCGUGUGAUUUUGGAGUCCUUCUGAAAGGGACCUUUCUUCACAGCAAUUUAAAUAGCACUCACUGGUGCUGCUGUUGGAAUUCAUGAUGCCCCAUUGAUUUCCGUGGCCCUGGUGUCUCGGACACUACACGUAAGCUGCUAUGCAGUUUGGGAAAACAAUGCAAAGUGCAAAGCUAACUUGAAAAAGAGAGAAAAAAUCAGUGCUUUUCUGCAUUUCCCACCCUUGAAUUUGCAUACACUAGAAUCCCAUCCCUUCGGUACCUCUCAGGGAGAUGACUAUCAUGGAAAUGGAGAUAUCCGGAACUUCAGAACUGUCUACAGAAACGUGUCAGCAUGGCAAGGCGGUUGCUUCUCAGGCAUUUCACAGCCGUGCUGUAAAAACAACAGCUGCCUCUCUGCACUGAGUGGGCAAACCACUGUGGGGCUAGGACAGCCUCCCUCCUGGUGCAGGUAC